ACGUGUACGCUCUAAGGUCCAGGUGUCCAGCAGUCCAUGGAGAGUGACGGGAAGAGCGAAACCGGGCGUUCUGGAAUCUGUAAAUGCAGAUGACAGGUUUAUGUGGAAUUCGCCGUGGUUCUCACCUUCGCUGCGAAUCGGGUCCAGGUCCGUGAGUAGGUCGGAUUUUCUGCAGCACAGAGUUGCAAAUUUGACUGUGUUUGGGACAUUUGCAGAAACUCGGAGGGUUUUUCCGUGAUCAAUGACGCAAUUUCACCGACGAUUCGUCGAGUGAACGAUCAGGGGUUUAUAUCAAGUGGCAUUCUUGCCAUAAGUCAAGCUCGGGAUCGUGGACGGUCGAUCCUGCGGCGCACCUAGCGAGCAAGAAAGAGGGAGGUGAAAUCUGGCGGUGCGGCAAGAAGGAAAGUCGAAAGAUUUGGUCGGAGAGCGGCGAAAGGUGGAAGAGGAGGAGAUUGGGUGAUCAUGGCAGCGCGGUGUGUGAAGAAUCAACGAGGGCAAGUUUCACGACUGUGGCAGUCGAUCUGCUCCGUGGACGCUGCUGGUGGUGGUAGACCAAUCUCGACAUCGUCAGCUCGUCUGCAAGAGAUCCCUAAGUUGAAAGUCGAAGAAGCGGAGCCUGUAGACAUUCCCAAGCCCAAAAGUCGGACGAGAAUUCUGGUUUUGGGAGGGAACGGUUUCGUCGGUUCUCAUGUCUGCAAGGAAGCUCUUGACAGAGGUCUUCCCGUACUGAGUCUCAACAGAUCGGGCAGACCGUCAGUGACAGAGUCGUGGGUGAACGAUGUGGUAUGGGUUCGAGGAAGCUUGUUUGAAUCGGAGAAAUGGAAGGACCAGUUGAGCGAUGUCAGCGCAGUGGUUUCGUGCGUCGGAGGUUUUGGGUCCAAUGCUCAAAUGCGGAGAAUUAAUGGGGACGCUAACAUAGCUGCGAUCAACGUCGCUGCCGAGAAGGGUGUGAAGCGCUUUGUGUACAUAUCAGCCGCUGAUUUCGGACUUCCUUCGUUUGUUUUGAGAGGCUACUAUGAAGGCAAGAGAGCUGCGGAAGAUGCUCUGAGGGCGAAAUUUCCGUACGGUGGUGUCAUAUUGAGGCCAGGGUUCAUUCACGGAAAUCGCAGAGUUGGUAAUAUGAACAUACCCUUGAGCGCAAUCGGCAGCCCUCUGGAGCUCAUAUUGCGGAAUAUGAAGCCGGCCACUCAGAUUCCUGUGAUUGGUCCUCUUCUUACACCUCCAGUGAAGGUCACGGCAGUGGCUAAAGCAGCUGUAAGAGCUGCUAUCGACAACGCUGUGCCUCCCGGAAUGCUAGACGUUUGGGGUAUCUUGCGGCUUGGGGAUCCGAGGUGAUAACCAUUGCCUAGUGUUGUGUUUUUGUUAGUUAAAUUGUAUAGAUGGGAGUCAUUUUCGGAACACUGAACACUUCCCCAAGCUUCUUGCUCUCGCAGAUAUGCUGCAGAUUGCUGAAAGUGAUCCAGGUAGGAACUUAGCUUAAUCUAAGAGGACAAAAUGUCAUGAUGCCGAAGACAUUUUCGAGAGUGAUAUUUUUCUUACUUAUACAGAAUAGCAGCAUGAGAUCAACUACAAAGGUCUCUGCUUGAAAAACACAUGUAGAAAAUGUCCUUCGUAAAUCGAUCCGGGGUUAGUCUGAGAGUUUCACUUGAGCUUCCU